CCCGGGAACCCAAGGUGGAUCCGGAGCGCUUCCCGACCUUCGCGCUAAAAAUGCCCAUGGAGCUGACGCAAAGCCGGAUCCAGAAGAUUUGGCUGCCGCCUGACAAUCACCCGGCGCUGCCCCAUCGAUCAUGUGGACCUCAGCUGACCAAUUCCCCCACUGUGAUUGUGAUGGUCGGUCUCCCGGCUCGGGGGAAGACCUACAUCUCCAAGAAGCUGACCCGCUACCUCAACUGGAUUGGCGUCCCGACGAAAGUGUUCAACGUUGGAGAGUACCGCCGGGAAGUAGUGAAGCAUUACAGCUCCUACAACUUCUUCCGCCCCGACAACGAGGAGGCCAUGAAAGUCCGCAAGCAAUGUGCCUUAAGUGCUCUGAGAGACGUCAAGCAGUACUUAUCCGAGGAAGGUGGCCAGAUCGCGGUGUUCGAUGCUACCAACACAACGCGGGACCGAAGAGCAAUGAUCCUACAUUUUGCCAAAGAAAACGGAUUCAAGGUGUUCUUCAUUGAAUCCAUCUGCAAUGACCCCAAUGUCGUGGCCACCAACGUCAUGGAAGUUAAACUGUCCAGCCCGGAUUAUAAGGACUGUAAUUCAACGGAUGCAAUGGAAGAUUUUAUGAAGAGAAUCAAUUGUUACCAGUCGAGCUACCAGCCUUUGGACCCGGACAACUUUGACAAGGAACUGUCGCUGAUCAAAGUGAUCGAUGUGGGCCGGAGGUACCUGGUGAACAGGGUUCAGGAUCACAUCCAGAGUCGGAUCGUCUACUACCUGAUGAACAUCCACGUUCAGCCCCGCACCAUUUACCUAUGCCGACAUGGGGAGAGUGAAUUCAACCUCAAAGGGAGGAUCGGGGGAGACUCGGGGCUCUCCAACCGGGGCAAGAAGUUUUCCAUUGCACUCAACCAUUUUGUGCAGGAGCAGAACCUGAAAGACCUCAAAGUGUGGACUAGCCAACUGAAGAGGGCAAUCCAGACCGCCGAAGCCUUGGGAUUGCCGUAUGAGCAGUGGAAGGCCCUGAACGAGAUUGAUGCUGGGGUGUGCGAGGACUUGACUUAUGACGAAAUCAAGGAGAAGUAUCCAGAUGAGUUUGCUCUGCGCGACCAGGACAAAUACUACUACCGCUAUCCAUCCGGGGAGUCCUACCAGGACUUGGUGCAGCGCCUCGAGCCGGUCAUCAUGGAACUGGAGCGGCAAGAGAACGUCCUGGUUGUCUGUCACCAGGCCGUGAUGAGAUGCCUCCUGGCUUACUUCCUUGACAAGAGCGCAGAGGAGAUGCCUUAUUUGAAAUGCCCCCUCCACACAGUGCUGAAGCUGACCCCCGUGGCCUAUGGCUGCAGAGUCGAAUCUAUCUUUUUGAACAUUGAAGCUGUGAACACUCAUCGGGACAAGCCAGAGUUUUCCAGCCCUAUUCGGAAGUGUGUUUUUAAGUUGAUGAGGAUGAUGAGGACGCUGAAGGAAACCCGAGUGGCGUUAUAUUUUUGGCAGAAAGUGGCCAGGACGAGCGUGGAUGCAAAGAAGGGACCUAACACCCUCAUGCGCCGCAAUAGCGUCACCCCUCUCGCGAGCCCCGAGCCCACCAAAAAGCCGCGCAUCAACAGCUUUGAGGAGCACAUGGCCGCCGCCACUUCGGCCGCUCACCCCGUCUGUAUGCCCCAGGAGGCGCCCGCGCAGCUACCUGGACAAAACCUGAACAUCUCCCCCGAGCAGUCUUGAAUUUCUCCGGGUGACGUCGGUGAUGCUGGAAAGGAACCGCCAGCUUCAUUUGUGUUGCCGAUCGCAUCUCCGGUCCUUCUUUGCUCGACUUGAGGGGUCAACCUUUUUGUUGCCGUUGUUGUUGACCGUCUCCAUAGCUGAUCAUCUGCCCGACUUGGAACAGAAUGGAGGCAGGGAGGAAAAGACUUUCUUGGGGGUUAGGGUUUUGCGGGGGUGGGGGGGAAGGAAGAAAGAAGAACAUCUCGCUAGAUUAUAAACGUGGAUCCAACAUCUGAUUUUUAAAAAAAGGUUGAAUUACUUUUUGAUUUCCUUCAGGGCUGAUAAGAUGGGUAGACAGCCUUGAAAGGUACUUCUAUGCACAACGGUUAUCCUAAAUAGAGGUGGAAGGGGAUGUUACUUGUAAAGUUAUGCUGUUGGUUUUUGGGAAUGGGAGGAGAGACCCUCUGUUCCUCUUGCAGCGUGUAAAUAAAUGGAUGAUACUGAGGUGUGGGAAACGCAAUUAGAAAGGAGUGUAAAAGCUAUACACUGGGACACUGACAUAUUUGAUCUGGCCUGUUUGCGUGAGCCCCAAUGCUCUCCCCUUCUGCCAAGAAAAUGGCGAGGGCCCCCUUCCGAAUUUUAAAAAGAAGCUCUGUAGCAAUUUAAAAAUAAUACAAAAUUUGUAUCACUCUGAACGGUAAAAGGGAAGCAUAGAGAUCGACAUAGCUUUGGAUUGGCCUGAAAUCUCCCCCAGUGAUAUAUUUCUUUUGGAGACUGCUCGGUAACUCGUAACAGAUAACAUUUUGUCAUGCGGUAAACCGGAGGGCGUGAUAGCAGGUUGGGCCUGCAUAGGAAAUUGUUGGGUUUUUUGAUGGGGAAGUACAGACCCCUAAGGGACACAGCUGAAUUUCACUCAAAUUAGAAACUAUUUCUUAAAUCUCCAACCCAGACGGGACCUAGUGUUAGAAAUCCAGUUUUAGAUGUAUGAUUAAGACUCCUGAUCACCCUCUUCCGGCUCACCUGCACGAUCCUUUUGGGUGCGUUGAAGUGAGGGGAAAUCGUUUUGCGGCUUGUUUUCAAAUCUGAGCCAAGGGAGGGGAGGACUCAGUAGUAGUAAACCACUCUGCAGAUAGCUCCUUGCAAGCACGAAUCCAGUUUUAGUGUGCAACUGGAAACAUAGGUUGUUGCAGGAACCUUCCCUCUUCUGUCACUGGUUCACUGCCAAGCGUCUUGGUGGGGAGUAACCAGAAUAUGGCAAUGUUGGGGUGAGCUCGGUGUGCGAAUUUGCACAAGGCUGACUACUAGCCAGGUGUCUCUCGGUGAAACGGGGGGAAUGUUCGAAGAAGAGGCGCAGCACAUUGGACAAACUGGAGACGAACGGCCAGUUUCCGUGUUGCAAAGUCUUUUGCAUCCCCGCACGACUGCUAUGAGCACACAGGAAGGAGGAUGGGGUUAGGCCUUCCCCCUGCAGCCGACCCAAAAGGGGGGUCCCAAGGAGCAGCUGUUUUUACCGUUGGAAACACUUGCAUGUAAGCCCCCCAUCCCUAUGAUCGGGCCACCCCAAGCCUGGGGAUUCACUCUGGACGCAUGGGAGACAAGAGGGCUCCAACACAUGAACUGGCCAUCGCUCCUUGAGAUUUUACCAGCUUUUUGUUGGUAGGCAAACAGAACAAAGUGUGAAUCGGCCUGGGGAUCAGAGGCCGUGUAGCCUUCACGAGACACAUCAGAACUGUUUCUCUUGUGUUUUGCGUGGCGUGUGUUGCUUUAGAUCGCCACUUGGCAUCUUUCUUCUGAGCUGACGCAAGAGAGGUUUGUGCGCUGUAGACAGACGAAAACAUGCAUAUUUCACCCCCCACUCUGCAACACUCCCUUGUUUGUUGGCCAUCCGGGAGGAAGUGGAAGCUUGCAGAAUGCAAUGGAUAGUUAUUCUUUUUCUCCCCUUUGGGGCAUGCGGAUAUUCCCUUGAGGCUGCUUUCACAGCUUAAAAACAAUUGCAGAGAAUUCAGGGCUGCUCGACAAUACAAUAGCUCUUGUCUUUUCCUUCCCAAAUGUUUUCUCAUUUGUUGGGGUUUUUUUGGGAUCCGCCAUUGAUUUUUCAAUCUAACUCUUCCGCAGAAGGCCCUAACAUUAACUCCCAAAGAAAACCUCAUGUACUUUGGGAAUCUCACUAAAUAUUUUCCAUCAACUCCGUUGGAAGCCAGUUUUGGAACAUCUAAUAAGUAUUUUUUUGGGGGGGGGGUUGCUUGGGUGUCAUUUCCAUGGGCAUCAUAUGCCUUUCUUUCAAUACCUGCCAGAGGCAUCUCUAGCUUUUUGCAUCCCUUCCUUUUGCUUACAGAGCCUUUCCAAGAUAUUCCCGCCAAACUAGCAAUGGCAGACGAAAGGCCAUCCCUCCCUGAAGGCUCUCUGGGUCCCAUUAGCAAAGGAUUUUUCAGUGGGGCUUCUUACAAACCGGCUCUUUUCCCUUUCAUAACUUUCUGGCUUCAGGAAAGAGUUAGUAGCUUACGACUUCCCACUUGCUCGAAUCUGAGAGCGGCGGCUUCUCGGCGAACAGCAGUGCCUUGAGCGUUAGGGCUGUGUCACAAGUUAAGUGCUUUUUUUUGUACGGUUUUCUAUUACGGCUGCGCCCAAGUGCCCCGCACUUAGGCCAUGUCUGACUGCUGAAGAUUUCUACUGGGGUGGGUCUUGCCAUGCAAGGUGAUUUAUAUGUGUAUAUUAGUGUACAGCUACAAGGACGCUUGAGUUAUUUUUACUGUGUUCUUUUGGGAGUGAGUGCUGUGCGUGCUUCGAGUCACUCUCCCCGACCCCAUCAGCUGCUUAACUGCGAAGUGCAGGUCCCCCCCCCUCUUUAAAAGAUGGGACUUUUUGAGAGAGCAAGUAACUUUAUCUCAUGCAGUGUGUCUUUCUUCCCCCUCGCCUGCCGCAACUAGAUAAACCAGUUGCCGACAAAACCUGCGCAUUAGUUCGCCGCGAUAAGCUAUUUUACCCAAAACUCUUCCACUUGAUUGGGGGGAAAGAUGAAAAGUUACUGACUCAUACUCGGAGGAGUAUCCUGGAAGAAACUGGACUAUUUUUGCUUCUGGCAGUCUGAAGAAAGGAAGGGGGGGGUGUUCACGAGUGGAAGAGUGGGGUGUUGGAUUUUUUGCUGUUUUGACGAACAUUAGCAAGGAGUGCUGGGUGAGUGGGGAAAGGCGUUGGAGAACCACACCAGUGAUUUUUCCUCUUUGAUUGUAGGGUGUUUUUUUUUCCUUUGAUACUUGAAUUUAUAUUUUUAUCACAUUUUUUGAUAGCGAGAGUGCUAUUUAUUUAUUUAAGUGGACGUUGCAGAGCUGAGAGGGGAGGAGAGUGGGUUUUCGUUUGACUUUUUUGGAGGGGUGCAAUGUUAAUUCUGUAUAUUUGAAUCAAAUUAUUGUGAGGGGGGGUGUUUGCCUCUGAGAUGAAGCUGUGCCAGCUACAGGUCUGCCUUCUGGACAUUUGUAUAUUUUGCAGUUGCCGGACCAAUAAAAUAUCUUCUUGAAAUGGAAA